AUUGGAACGAGCUCUGUGCUGUGCAGUUGGAAGACGUCGCUCGCUGGCUUCCACCGAACGAAAAAGGCUCGCAAAUUUGACGCGAAAAAAACAUAAUUAAGUGGAGGAAUGAGGGAGAUGCAGUGAAGACUGGGGAGUCUGAAGACAGACGGACAAAGGGUAAAGGUUACCAGGAAGAGAGCAGGAUGCAGUCCCGCCCACAGGACAGGCCGUUGGCCCUCUCCGCGGGGAAAUCCCACAGCCCGACCAAUGGGAGAGAAGAACGGGUGUACUCAGACGCAGACUCCAUGGAGGAAGAGGCAGACUUUAAUUGGGAGGAGUACCUAGAGGAGACGGGGGCGACCGCUGCACCCCACACCGCUUUCAAACAUGUGGACAUCAGCCUACAGACCAGCUUCCAGCCGGGGAUGAAGCUGGAGGUGGCCAAUAAGAGCAGGCCAGACACUUACUGGGUGGCCACCAUCGUCACCACCUGCAGCCAGCUGCUGCUGCUGCGCUUCAGUGGCUACGGAGAUGACCGCAAGGCCGACUUCUGGUGUGAUGUCAUGACCGCCGAACUCCACCCAGUAGGCUGGUGCACCCAGAACAACAAGACACUACAACCCCCUGAAGAUAACGUUUACCUAAGAAAAGCCAUCAAGGAUAAGUACAGUGACUGGACAGAUUUUCUCAUCCAGGACUUGACUGGCUCACGGACCGCACCAGCAAACCUACUGGAAGGGCCUCUGAGGGGGAAGAACACAGUGGAUCUGAUUGUGGAGGGUUCGGUGAUGGAGGUACGGGACCUCACUGACCCCUACCUCUACUGGGCUGCCCGCGUCGCCCAGAACAUUGGUGGGAGGCUCCGCCUGCGCCAUGUAGGUCUCCAAGACGACGCCCACGACACCUGGCUGUUCUACCUCGACGUGAGGCUCCGCCCACUGGGCUGGGCUCAGGAGAACCGCCUGUCACUGGAGCCCCCAGCAGAGUUGCGCGGCCUGAAGAGCGCCCUCGAGUGGCAGGAGGCCCUGGAGGCGGCGCGGAGCGAGGCCCAGCAGAACCCACUGCCCCUGGAGGUGUUUAAGGACCAUGCAGACUUGACCAAACACUCCUUCAGGACGGGGAUGAAGCUGGAGAUGGUGUCGCCGUCGGAACCGUUCCACAUCUGCCCUGUAUCUGUCACACAGGUCUACAAUGAGCACUACUUCCAGGUCACAGUGGAUGACCUCACUCCAGAGGCCACACCCCUGUCCCUGGUGUGCCAUUCUGAGUCGCCGGGCAUCCUCCCUGUCCAGUGGUGUCUGAAGAACGGGAUUGGUCUAGAGCGGCCCAUGGGCUACCAGAGCCAGGACUUUGAUUGGGCGGACUACCUGAAACAGAGUGGGACUGAGGCCGUCCCCGACGCAUGCUUCCCGGACGCGUGGCAGAGCCGAGGCUUCGCUAAAGACAUGUGGCUGGAGGCCGUUAACCCUGUCAGGCCCACCGAGGUGUGUGUGGCUCAGAUCACACAGGUCAGGGGUCGCCUGCUGUGGCUCAGACUGGAAGGCCUGCCUAAGUCCGUCCCUGAAUGUAUUGUGGAUGUGGAGUCCAUGGACAUCUUUCCUGUAGGAUGGUGUGAGACCAAUGCUUACCUCUUGACUCCUCCACUGAAGCCUGUCUGCCAGCAGCAGAAGAAGAUAGCCGUUGUCCAGCCAGAGAAGCAGUUGGCUCCGCCGCAACCCGUGGAGACAAUCCCUCUCGACCUCUGCGAACCCGUUGCCAUGGACACAGGCUCAGCCAAUGGGAGAUACUGUUGUUCCAAGAUCUAUGUGAACCAACGCUGUUUCUCUGGCCCUUACCUGAACAAGGGGCGCAUCGCUGAGCUGCCCCAGGCUGUAGGACCGGGGAAAUGCACUCUGGUCCUCAAAGAGGUGCUGAGCAUGCUAAUCAAUGCGGCCUACAAGCCUGGGCGUGUCCUGAGGGAACUACAGGAUGUAGAAGAGCAGCACUGGGACUGCCACGAGGAGACCCUCAAAGCCAAAUACAAAGGGAAGACGUAUCGAUCGUCCAUCCGGAUCGUGCGUCUGGCAGAGCAGAUCCCAGACUUCUGUCGUAAAGUGUGUGUGAAGCUGCAGUGCUGUCCCAACCUCUUCAGCCCCGUCCAAGUCACAGACCAGUGUCCUGAGAACUGCUCUAUGCAGACCAAGACCAAAUAUACGUAUUACUACGGUAAGAAGAAGAAACUGUCUAAGCCGUUUGGAGGAGAGGAGAGUCUGGAGGCCAAACCCACACGACGCAGGAAGAAGAGGAAGGCCAUCUUUGUCCAGAAGAAACGGCGCUCGUCUGCAGUGGACUACACUCCUGCAGGGUCACCACAGGACAGUGAUGAAGACGAGGAUGAAGAUGAUCUUAUGUUGCAGUCGGGCAGUGAAGAAGGCACCAGCUCUGAGCCGCGCGAGGACCACAUAGACACGUCCUCUGUGGAGGUGGCUAACAGCCGGCCGCGGCGCACCGUGACGCUACGCAGGGCCACCCAUACCGGCAUAGCUUCGGGCAGCCGUGAGGGUCCUGAAAGCAGGAGGCGGAGCACUCGGUCCCUGUCAUAUAACCAGGGGAACAAGUACCACCCACCCAAGAGACAGGAGAUGCAGGUGGAGUGUAGUGAGGCGGAGUGCCGGCUGGUGCUGGAGAGGAACCCUCUGGAGUGGUCCGUAGAAGACGUGGUCACGUUCAUCACCUCCACCGACUGUGCUGCUCUCGCCAACAUCUUCCAGGAGCAGGACAUAGAUGGCCAGGCGUUGUUGUUGCUGACCCUGCCCACAGUCCAGGAGUGUAUGGAGUUGAAGCUGGGUCCAGCCAUCAAGCUGUGUCACCAGAUAGAGAGGGUCAAGGUGGCCUUCUAUGCCCAGUACGCCAACUGAUCCUGGGCAUCUCACCUGGCACCUUUUACCCUGUAGAGCACAGGCUGUCUGGAGACACCCCGCCCAGUACACCUUCAUCUGAGGAAGAGGAGGAGAGAUGAUUUCGCUUAAUGCCAAGUCUGGGAUUACCUGGUCUGGAAAGCUGGGAGGAAAGUGGGAAAACUGGUAAUGCUGUCGCUUAGGAAUUCCUCAAUUCUGGACAAGGAUUACCUGGCCACUUUUCCGUGGAUUACUGAUGUCACAUAGAGAAGGAAGUGACGUCAGAGGAAGUAGAGGAGGAGCUACCCACAUACAGAGCUCAGGACGUCAUCUGCGACAACAGGCAGAGAUGGAUUGGAAGGUUCAGAUUUCCAUAGUAUUGUGUGGAAGGAUCAGUCAACUGUGAAUGGUUGAGUACGAUACAUAUGAGUCAAUCCAUAUGGAAUACAGAUCUGUGAAGAAACUGAUCGAAAUUGAGGAUUAUUUUCUUGGAAAAUCUUAUUUUUUUACAUGCUGUUUCAGACUAAUGGCCCUGGCAGUGUUUAAGUUAUGAACAAAUGUUAUUAAAUAUUUGUUCAAUGUUUUCCCUCUUUGUUAUAUUUAAGUAAAUUAGCUUACUAUAUUUCAUUAACGAAAAUCGGUUAGUAACCUACAAUAUAUUUGCAAUAUUUAUUGUAUUCCUUAUUGAAUAGAUAUCAUAUCUUAUUUGGAUAUAAGAAAAAUAUAUUUAGAGAGAGUUGAUAGGCUAUUGAAAUGUCCAAGUCUUUGGGUUCAAAUAUGUAUUUAAGGUUGUUCAUGAGUUAUUCCAGUCAAUAGUAAUUUAGUCCUGUUAAUAAAUUAUCCGUUUUUUCUUGUGUGCAUAGGGACAUAGUAGGUCCGCUGCAUUUUCUCAUUAAGUUUGUAAAAAAUCCUGGUAACACUUUAUUUGAAUGGUCCAUCUGCAGAUGCUCUACAGGCUAUCAGUAACAUUUCAACUAACUGUCUACUAGCCCUAACCUAACCCUUAUUCUAAACCUUACCCUAACCGUAACCUUAGCAAGCAGUUGCUUAUCAACAGAUGGUCAGUUGCUUAUCAACAGAUGGUCAGUUGCUUAUCAACAGAUAGUCAGUUGCUUAUCAACAGAUAGUCUGUUGCUAGUAUCUACAAUGUGGCCAAAGUCCUGAAAUAGCUUUUUACCCUUUUCACUUUUUAAGAAGUUGUUUUCACAAUCAUGUAAACAGUCAUGUCAAAUACAUUGUAUCCAUCUAUGCAAAAUGCGGUGCAGAUAUUUUUGAUAAGUGUUGAUAAGAAAAUACAUUUCUACUGAUUUUGUAAUGACGUUUUGUUUUCUAGUUUUUAUAGAGAUGAAUAAUUCAUCAAAGUGUUUUUUUAAACCAUGUAUGAACUCACAGGAGGGUAGGCCUGAAUGAACUACAUAGGUAGUCAUAACCAUUCCAUUACUGAUUUGGAUUUCAUUGUGUUUCUUCAUGCAGGCAGUGACUAAUAGCCUGUUGUAUUUCCAAGACUGUAACAUGUUCUUAAUGUAAUAUACAUUUAAUUUAAUACAAACAGUACAUAUUCAGAUGAGAGUAUUUCACAGCAGCAAGGCGAGUCGUGCUUCACCAAUUUUCUGUUACUGCACAGUUGAAUUAAUUUAAUAGCACAUACACCAACUCUGACACUUUCGAUUGAGCCAGUCUGAAAAGUGUUUUAAUCAACUGCUACCUAAAAUGGUUGCCUGGCAACACAAUUUCUAACGUCUGUUUUGCAUGAUUUUCUUCCCUUUUCCCAGCUGUGUCUGAAAACAAACUGGAUACAUUUUGAUUGCAGAGAAGUAAACAACCAUUUAACUGUUUGGUUUUUUUAAAGCCAUUUUUAAAAUAUUUUUUAUCUCAUGUACAAGUGGCAAUUUCAGACAAUCUUCUGAAGUCAGUCGAUGAUUUUAAUGUAUUCAAACAGUGAAUGUAAUAGUAAAUCUUUUGUUAACACAAUAGCCCAAUAUUAUGAGUAAGAGCUGGCAACCGCAGACGACUACAAUAUUUUGUCAUAUCUUUUAAAAGAGUUCGAUCCUUA